GAAUACUUUGAGACAUUAUGAAGCAGAGGUCCAAGAGCCUUAUUUCCACAGAUUAAAGCGAUUAGAAUCCAGGAGUUUUUACCCUAUGGUUUGAGAAGAGAGCAUUUCAAACGCCUAGAAGACAAGUUAGACGGCAUCACGCUGCAGCACUCGUAUGCAAGUGCGACAGCUGUUUCAGUUCCAAGCUUUUAUUGCUGCAAGUCACUGUCUCCGUUUUUAAAAACCAAAAGGUGUGACUGGCUUCUCUCAGCCAAUCAGCACCGAUCUCAUUUGCAUACGCCCGUCUCAAACGUUUGCCAACUCUAGAAAUGCACAUGAGUAAGUCCCUUAAAUACGGUCUUUCCUUGUGAGGUCGCCGUGUGCCCCGCUGCGUGCACAGCAGUGGGAGCGAGGAGCGUCCGCUCGGAGUCACCCUCACCCACAGCGGAGUCCACGGCGGCCCCGCGUUCUCGCCAGGCCGCGCCCCGCAGUGCUUACAGCUCUUUUUGAAUUUGUCCAGCAGGUCUUCCGGCUCGUCCCGGAAGGCCCUCCCCAAACCGCGAGUUCAUGGCAACAAUAGAACCACUCGAGGCCCGCGCCAGCGUUAUUCUCCCUGCUCGUUAGAGCGUCACACACCCGAGUGUUCCCAGUUCCUCGGGGUCCCGUGGGUGCUCUGGGGGGCGCCCGAGGAACUUCCGGCUGCGGCUGGCUCUUCCCCCGCCCCCACAGCCCCGGGAACCGGUCGGCGGCCUCCCUCUCUUCCCGGCAUUUCCUAGGUGUUGCCGUAGGUGCUGCUCCGGUGGCGCUAUGGCGUCCGCCUCGGCCCAGGCUGCGGCCCUGAGCGCCGAACAGGCCAAGGUGGUCCUGGCCGAGGUGAUCCAGGCGUUCGCGGCCCCCGAGAACGCCGUGCGCAUGGACGAGGCUCGGGACAACGCGUGCAACGACAUGGGCAAGAUGCUGCAGUUCGUGCUGCCCGUGGCCACGCAGAUUCAGCAGGAGGUCAUCAAGGCCUAUGGCUUCAGCUGCGACGGGGAAGGUGUCCUGAAGUUUGCCCGCUUGGUCAAGUCUUACGAAGCCCAGGAUCCUGAGAUUGCCAGCCUGUCGGGCAAGCUGAAGGCACUGUUCCUGCCGCCGAUGACACUGCCACCCCACGGGCCUGCUUCAGGUGGCAGCGUAGCCGCCUCCUGAGAGCUGGCCUCCCCGUGGCAUUGCCUGGGAAGGGAAGAUCUCCGCGUCCCGGUGGAUAAUAAACAUGCCUGUGAUUUCUU